AUGAAUGAAACUCUCGAGAAUGACGGCAAUAAUGAGAGAUCGUGUGUGCUUGAACUACUCCGAAAGCCUUUCAAACAGCGGCUACGGUAUGAAGAGGCGACAAAACAAGCCCUUGAAGAGCUUUCAUACAGCAAAGACAAGGAAUUGGCUCGGAGAAAUGUGUUUCCUUUGUUAAAAGUACUUCCAAUCCGGUUAAUCAAGUCAGAUAAUAAGAGAUCCGAUAUGUUUCAUUCACUAAGACAGUAUUGCAAGACUAAUAAACAUAAAAGCUACGGAGAGGAAUGGCCUACAGAACUUGCUGAUUCAAUGGGCCUUGAUUCUCUACUCGACUGGGAUUUUGAUACUGAUGCGCAUGAAGAUACAAACGGCAGCACCAGAGCUAAUUAUAAACCGACUGAAACACUUAUUAUUACGGAAAGGACCGUCGCAGUUCAAGGCUACCAACAUAUAUUCACUACCAAUUGUAGAAUUAUAGACGCAAUUGUAAUACCAAACCAAAAUCAGACGAAUAAAAACGAUACCUGUUUAAUAUGUCUCUCCACAGGUGAGAUUAUUUCAUUAGAUUUCUGUUACUCUUGGGAAUCUGCAAUAUACAAUAUCGAAUGUGUGUGCACGGGUGGUAACCCAAAUCCUUCAAGCGUGAAACUAGAGGCUAGAUUUAUCUACUCUAGCGAGGAUGAUACGGUCAUGCUGGUAACGUCUCUGCUUGUGAUGUGUGUUGUAGCCUUACAUAAGAGAGAAAGAACGUUUUUCAAGCCCGAAUUCAAUGUAUUAUUACAGAUUGGAUGUGAUGUUUCCUCUUCUACAUGGCAGGCAGGAAAACUCUUGUAUAUGGUUAAAAGGGCAUCAGAAGCCAUGGAUUGCGUUUUGAUAGAACAAGAUGUGUUAAGAUUUGGGCCAUUUGAAGAAAUCCUUACGAUUAGCGACGUUCAUGAUAGCGACAAGCUCGUCAUACUCGAGAGAGAUAAUGUCUUACAAAUAAAUGCCGUAUCUAAGAUGGGCAGCAUUAUAUCUGGUGGUUUGCAAAGAACUUUUGUUGGUGCACUGGACGUCAAAUUCUCAAAAGAGGUUGAUGUACAUAUACACGAUCUUGGGCGAGUGUUCAACGAACCGCUGAAAAAGGCGCACCUUUUAGUGCUCGAAAACUCCGUAGUUGUUCUGUGCAUGGCAACGGACACUACCAAUAAGAUCAUAUCAUUCGUGGUAACAAGGCUCCCGAUACCGAUUGACGACAUUACAAUUGAGCAACUGGACACAAAUGACCUGGCUACAUUUUUGGUGGUCUCUCGCGCAGAAGUGUACAGGUAUACUAUAGAUUUCCAUGAAGCAAUUGCCAAGGAGAUGACAUCUGAAAAUGACUCCGUUCUGGCUGAUGAGAUGCCACUAGCGAACGUGACGAACGUGUUCAAGAUGACAGAGGGCUACGAGGACAUCGAGGACAUUUUCAGAUUCAAAGACAUGGUGUUGCUGCGAUCCAAGAACAAAACGUAUCACCUGCCAAGAGCACCUAACAGGCCAGUGGUUCAUAUGGACCAACUAGCUUUCUUCACGGAGUUCCAAGCGUUCCACGAGGUGAAAGUGUACAACUUGAAGCAGCAAGAAGAUGGUGUGUCUUCUGUGCAGGAAAAUAAAUUCGGUCCCAUACCUAUCAGACACGAGGAUCCGCAGGUGGAACAAUACAUUUUGGUGGGACUGUCGUUCUUUUGCUCUGCUGAAGCAUACUACGUAGAAGUUGUGAACAACGAACAGGUAGAGUUCCAAAUCAUCGACGAUCUGUUACCGGAAACGCAAGAGCGCAUGAUCGAAUUCGGAAUAAUAGACGGCAAGUUCAUCUCGGUAACCGAGACAGCGGUUUACGUGAACGACUUUGAGGGAGUGAAGUCACACACAUUACCCUUCAGCGUGACUGGGGCGCGAGUGACGAAGGAAUGUGGAAUACUGGUGUGGCCAGAGGGCCAGGGCCAGGGCGAGGGCCAAGAACAAGAACAAGAACAGGCCAAUGUCUAUUCUAUAGACUGGGAAACGGGAAACGCAACCGCAACCGCAACAAACGCAGAAACGCUCACACAAAAUCCAGACCAAUACGACACCAUAGACGCCAUAAAGCUGGAUGCCACUGCUGCACCGCUGGACUGGGCGAAAAGCACCGUUACCGGAAAGAUCCUACUGGGAUCGACCAACACAGGCACCGUGCGCGAGAUCGACACAGACGGACCCAUGAGACUGGCAAAACUCACGGGCCCAUGGAUCGUGUUCUACAAUGCCACCUCCGUGAACGUGCUGAACGUCCUGCUGGAAGGAUGCCAAGCAUGCUGCAUGGACCAUCCGGACUCGAUAAUCGUCGAAGUCACGUGCCCACAAACAAGUUCCAGUGCCAGUUCCAGUGCCAGUUCCAGUUCUACACAUGUGUUCACGUUGCAUGACAACGGACUGGCGGUAAACAGCAUACGCGUGAACGAACCGCAUGGCAGGCCUUCUCUCGAGCAGGACUGGGCUGGAAUGGAGUGGACCAUCGAAAUGGGUUCUGAUCUGAGGAUAGUGAGCAACAGCGACAUGUCGAAACUGAUAUACAUACAAGACGGAGACAGCGGCGCGUUACAGGUUGAGAACCGGCCGAAACACAAGCUGCCAGGCGAGAUAGUUGGAUAUGCGAUUCUCGAUGACGAGGCACGGCGUUUGUGUGUAUUGAGUUUCGGAGAAAAUGCCCUGUGGGCCGAUGUGUUCACCAGAGGUAUAGAUAAGAAGAAGAAGGCGGCGGCAGAGACGCUUCAGUGGGAAUCGCGCACCAAGGCACUAGCGCUAGAAGGAGGAACCAACCUGUGCUGGAGCCCUGGGCCUGGCCCAGGCCCAGGCCCUGGCCGGAUCCGCGGCCGGAGCCGACGGCUGCCGGGACGCACUGCUGGACAAUUUGUGACUGUCGUUUCGGAGAACGGAGCCGCCGAAGUCUUGCAGCUGAGCCUACGGCCGGACAGUGCCUCUGAAGAGAAUAAGUUAGCCGCCGACAAGAGACUGUCCAUUCCUAUGGUGGAAGAGAGAGAGGGAGGAAACUCGUGCCAGUUUUUCGACAGCGGCGGAUACGUUGUUCGGGUAACACACAAUGCUACAGGUAGUAGUACUAGUACCAGUAGUAUCACCACUCCGUCUGCCGCUGGCCCGGGCGGUAGCCCGGACAGCGGCCAGGACAGCAGCCAGGACAGCAGCCAGGACAUCAGCCAGGACAUCAGCCCAAGCGGAAGCGUGGUAGUAACUGUUUACAGUGCGGUACCGUGUGGCACGACCAUGCGCAUCGAAAAAAAAUCUGGGGAUUUUCGCUAUAGCGAUUCCUUUUGA